AGAACUUUACACUGAUGUGGCUGUACAAAACAUUGCCUACUGUACAGACAUCGGUCGGCGUUUUUCCAACUCCUUAGACAGCAGCUGGGGAACAGCUUUUAUAAGACGUCUAUAAAAUAUGGAGGAUUUUAGGUGAAGUAACGGGAUUAAACACGCUGGAUACUUUUCCUGCCACUCUUUCCCUCUGGACACUCCUUAAUUUGUGUACGCUGCAUGUGGACCGAGUUCAGCAGGGAUCCCAGCAGACGUUCCCUGGUGUUUUGUCUAUAGAAAAUGGCAACUGCUCUCAGUGGCCGAAACCCUGGAGGACGAGGACCGAACCGAAGUAAGGGUCGGAUUUUAGGCAUUUUUGAUGCCAUCCAGGAUGCAGUGGGGCCAGUGAAACAAGCGGCUGCCGACCGGCGGACUGUGGAGAAAACCUGGAAACUCAUGGAUAAAGUUGUCCGCCUUUGCCAAAAUCCUAGACUCCAGCUGAAAAACAGUCCACCAUACAUCCUGGAUAUCUUACCUGAUGCCUACCAGCACCUGCGGCUUACACUAGGCAAAUAUGAAGAGAACCAGAGACUCACACAGCUCAGUGAGAAUGAGUACUUUAAAAUCUACAUUGAUAGCCUUAUGAGGAAAUCCAAACGGGCCAUCCGGCUCUUCAAAGAGGGAAAGGAGAGGAUGUAUGAGGAGCAGUCACAGGACAGGAGGAACCUGACCAAGCUGUCUCUAAUCUUCAGCCACAUGCUGGCUGAAAUCAAAGCCAUCUUUCCAGGAGGGCAGUUCCAGGGGGACAGUUUCAGGAUCACCAAAGCUGAUGCAGCUGACUUUUGGAGGAAUUUCUUUGGAGAAAAGACAAUAGUGCCAUGGAAAGUCUUCCGACAGUGCCUUCAUGAAGUGCAUCCCAUCAGCUCGGGCCUGGAGGCCAUGGCCCUGAAAUCCACCAUCGACCUCACCUGCAACGACUACAUUUCUGUGUUUGAGUUCGACAUUUUCACACGCCUCUUCCAGCCAUGGGGAUCAAUUCUGAGGAACUGGAAUUUCCUGGCAGUGACACACCCCGGCUACAUGGCAUUCCUAACCUAUGAUGAAGUCAAGGCCCGACUGCACAAGUACAUGAACAAGCCUGGCAGUUACAUCUUCAGACUGAGUUGUACACGACUGGGCCAGUGGGCCAUCGGCUAUGUGACCAAUGAUGGCAACAUACUACAGACCAUCCCCCACAACAAACCACUGUUCCAGGCCCUCAUUGAUGGCUACAGAGAGGGCUUCUACUUGUUCCCUGAUGGUCGCAGCUACAAUCCUGACCUCACUGGUUUAUGUGAGCCAACGCCUCAAGAUCACAUCAAAGUGACACAAGAGCAGUAUGAGCUGUACUGUGAAAUGGGCUCCACCUUCCAGCUUUGUAAGAUCUGUGCAGAGAACGACAAAGAUGUCAAGAUCGAACCCUGCGGUCACCUUAUGUGUACUUCCUGUCUUACAGCCUGGCAGGAAUCGGAUGGUCAGGGUUGUCCAUUUUGUCGUUGUGAGAUCAAAGGCACAGAGCCCAUAAUUGUCGAUCCCUUUGACCCACGAAAUGAGGGCACCAAGUGCUUCUUCCUGGACCAGCACAGCUGCCCCAUGCUGGAGCUGGAUGAUGAGGAAGACCGAGAGGACUGCCUGGCCAUGAACGGACUGGCCAACAUCAGGAAGCACUGUGCAGAGCGUCAGAACUCGCCCAUGGUGUCUCCCAGCUCUUCACCGGUCAGCCAACACAGAAAGGUCCACGGAGGAGACCCCAGCCACUGCGUCCAGCACCUCGGCCUUCCCCCCGUCCCACCACGACUCGACCUCAUCCAGAAAGGCGCCAUUCGCUCCCCAUCUGCCAGUCCCACCGGCUCCCCGAAGUCUUCGCCAGGCAUGUCCAGGAAGCAGGACAAGCCUCUCCCAGCCCCACCUCCUCCUCAGAGGGACCCACCUCCACCGCCUCCCCCUGAGCGUCCUCCUCCCAUUCCUCCAGAGUCGCGCCACUCUUGGCUCAGCAGUUCAUCUCCCUUGUCAUCUUCCCUCUUAUCUUCUACCGGCACGCUGUCAGACUCCCAGAUGCCCCCUGAGACAAGGUGUCCCACAGACAGCCACUUUGCAGAUGCCCACAGGACUGGAUCUGAGCACCUGCUCCAGUUGGAACCCACCGGCCCCUCUCACCUGAACGGAAGACCACUCAGUUGUCCGUCUGCUGGAUUUGGGAGAUCACAUCACAGAAUGGAGGGGGCAGGAACCUCAGAGAGCUCCAAGCCCUUCUCUAAUAGUGUGCAAGUCAGCGAUGAGUAUGACAUCCUUCCCUCACGGCACUCACCAACGCAGUCCACCCUUGCAAGUAGCCACAAACCCUCCAACCCUUUCAGCAGGCCUGUGGUAGAACGACAGUGCGGUGUGACGGAGAGGGUGGAGGAUGACUAUCAGAUCCCUUCAUCCAACCUCUGCUUGAGCCAGGCUCCCAUCUGCAUCUCUGUACCUAGCAGGCAUUUGGAGAACAGCUCUCCAGAGCCCUUCAUCGAUGAGAAGAAGCCCCAGCCCCCCGAGCCUGGUGGACACUCCGAGUCGGUCAGGGGGUUGGUCUCGCGGGUGGCACAUACCCCCCUUUGCCCCUUCAACACCAACAAGACACCCUCCGACUAUGACAUUCUGCUGCCCCCACAAGCUUUACAAGACCCCUUCAGCAGCCGCCCUCCGUCUCAGCCUCCUCCUCCUCCUCCUCCACCGGCGAGACACAGCUUCACCGACCUCUCCUCCUCUUCUCCGUCCGCAUUCUGCACCUCCUCCACGUCGUCCUCCUCCUCUGUCAUCGCACGGCCACACAGGCCCUCCUCUGGGCAUGAGCACUUGCUGUUAACCCCCGACACAGUGCUCGAUAUGUUGAACAGUGCUGCUCCUCUGCCUCCAGUCAGACGACACACAGAUCAUGUUAAAGGCUCCCGAGGCUGCCUGGAGUACGACCAUUUACCAGCCAGUCAAGUAUCGAUGGACUGUUUGCAGGCCCCUGCCAGACCGCCCAAGCCACUGCCCAGGAAGAUCCCUCCAGACAUUCAACCUGGCAAACCCCACGGCUUGGAGUCAGAGAACGUGGACGCCAAAAUCGCCAAGCUGAUGGGGGAGGGUUACUCCUUUGAGGAUGUGAAGCGGGCGUUGAUGAUCGCCCAGUACAAAGUUGACGUGGCCCGAAACAUUCUGCGAGAGUUUGCUUAGUGGCCAAGACUGAAACUCUAGUCCAAGAGACAGUGAAAGGGGAACUCAACAAUGAAGCUGUGCCUCUGAAUAGACUGACUAAAAAGGGCUUCUUUAUUCUGCUUGGCCUGGGACUGUUAAUCAACAGGAACAAAAAAGUAUUUCAAGCCUUUUGUUGCCGAACAGAGAUGACGAUGCACAACAAAGUGGCUAAGACCAAAUCACAGUAGAACACAGAAUUAAAAAAAGGGGAAAAAGACUGUCUGUGAAUGAUUUAAACUUGUGAAAAAAAGAACCGGGCUUGGUGUUGUUUACAGUGAGCUUUGCCGGUGCUGGCCUCUGGUUUUCAGAUGCUCCUGUUUUUCUCCAGGCUGGGACUGUAUGCCUGUUGUAAAGCCCUGAUCCUGAUCCUGCUACUGCUGCUACUGUUCCUUUCACAUCAUGUCACCCUACAGAUAUAGUUUGAAGAGCCUUUCAAUCUCCAGCUCUUUUUAGGUUAAAUGCACAGCCAAUUUGAAGGGGUCAUUUUAAUUUACAGCCAGUAGGGGGAGCCAGACUCCACCGUUUUUUCUUCUCUCACUCCUUUUGUUACUUUCUUCUCUUCAUGUCGCUUGUUUCACUAACUCCCUCCUCUUUCUUCACGUGUUGCCCAUUAGAGCAUACUCCACUGUUUGCCCAUGGUCUGGCUGUCUUAUAGGUCUUAACAAGGUCUGAUGAGUCGGGAGCAGUUAGAUGGAGCCAGAGGAUGCCUUAUUGAUUCCUUUGUUUCCCCCAGACCUGGAGAAAACUGUAUGGCAGCUCCAGAGGAACACUUUUGUUAGACAUGGUAUCUUUGGUAGUAGGAACAGGGUGGAAGAGUUAAUCUUGCUCUUUGUUUCUGUUCCUAGACCAGGGGAUUAAUCAAAUUUUUAUUUUCUUCAUCUGAGGACCGCAAGCCUAUGAAUGUAUUUGUUCUGCGUGAGUGAGUUAUACCUUUGUACACUGAGCUCUUCUCAGGCCGCUUUUUGCCCUUAAGUGAUUAAGUGGUGGAAAAUAUUUAAUGUUUGUAAAAAAAAAAAAAAAAAAACAUUUCUCCAUGACAAAAGCCAGACGAUCGUGCCUGCAUUUCAGCUCAAGCAUUUAAAUAACAUUACAGACCUAACCUGUUAUGUAGAUCAGCGAUAAUGCUCAGAAAACCAUGUCCUAUGCAGCCAUCACACUGCAGCCGCCUGUCUCUUCAAUUACACAGACAUUUUAUGGGGAAAUGUCCACAUUCCCCACAUGUUUGAGGAAUCGCUCUCAAUCUGAUUUGGAGUGAAAGUCACUCCAAAUCUGCAGCAAUUAUGCAAUUAUUUUGAAGUGGAGUUGUAGUGUGAACACAGUAAAGACAAACAGAAUACUGCAGAGCAUUCAAACUAUGAGCUGAGUCAGAUGCACAUCCACUGUGCAGUAAAGGUGGAGUUAAAGCUCUUACCUCAGAAUCUGGAAUCAGGUGUAAUCUAAUGACUGGAACACGUCUCACCAAUGCAUGUAUUGGGUUUGUUCUAAUGCAAAACAGUAUUGUUUUAUUACCCUUUUUUUCUUUUUACAGUAGUAUGCUAGACUUAUUAGAGGUGUAGUUUGCCAUAAAAUGGGCAAUGUUUACCCAGAUAGUAUUCUCAUACAGAUUAAAGGAUAAUUCCAGUUUAUAAUUUGGGACUUCAUUUUACUGUUUUGACCACUGUUAUAGUAAUGUAAUACCAUUGUUUUUCUUCCAAAAUAAUUUCUGAGAUCUGAAAGUAGGAACUUGGUGACAUCACUGCAUUUAUGUCGAUAAGGACAAACAAUUUUU